AUAAAUACGCAGACCGAGUCUAAGUCGGCAUCAGUUGCUCCCAAACCGAACAACAAUACAUACCAAGAUGUUCAAGUUCGUAGCUGCUUGUGCCUUCCUUGCCGUGGCUGUCGCCUCACCCGACUUGCUAUUGAGCCCCCACGUAGCGUAUACUGGAGUGGCUCCAGCAGUGACUACUUACAGUACAGCUAGCGGCUACAUCAACCCAGCACCCGUCGUAUACUCUUCACCUGUGGCUUACCCCAACUACGGCUACGCGCAUCUCAUUAAGAAGCGUUCUCCUGGAUUCCUUGCUCCUGUGGCCACCUCGUACUCUAGUUUCGGCGCUCCCCUGGCGGGCACCUACUCCACUCCGUUUACCACAUACGGCGCCGCCCCCAUCGCCACCUACGGCACGCCGAUCGUGCACUCCGCGCCUGUCUACUCCACCGCUCACUUGAUCAAGAAGCGCUCCGCACCCCUUAUUGCCGCGUCCGCCUCUUACAUCGCCCCAACCUCCUACUCUACUCCAUUAGUAUCUACCUACUCUAGCUACCCUGGCUACACUAACUACCCGGCUGCUGCAGCUGUAGUCUCAACUCCUUACAUCUCAUCUGGACCCUUCGCUUACACUCAAUUCAUCAAGAAGUAAAGGAAGUGAACUCUUUCUAAAUACAUCUGGGCAAUAAAUGUUUUUUAACCAGCAACUUGAGCAAACGUGAUACAAUAAAAUUAAAAUGUGUACAUAAAGUCUCUUUAUAAAAUCAAUAAAUGCGUUUGUAAAUAAAA